AUGUAUAAUGAUCUUGCAUCUCGGAUGGGAUUUAGUGUUAGGAAGGGAAAACAGUACUACUUCCCUGGAACUCGGAAUGUGAAGUCGAAAAAGUUCCAUUGUUAUAAGGCUGGGUUGAAAGCAAAACAAGCGAGUGCUAAUAAGUGUUAUACAAAGAUAGAUACUCGGACUGGAUGUGAUGCAAUGUGUCAAUAUGACUUAGAUUCAAGUGGGAAGUGGGUAGUUACAAAACAUGUAAAAGAGCACAACCAUGAGUUGUGUCCGGCAUCUGCAAGCUAUAUGCUUAGGUCGCAUAGGAAUGUUUCUGUUGAUCAGUUGACAUAUCUUAAAGAUAUGAAGUGGAGUGGAGUCCCAUUAUCUGAUGGUAUUCGGUUUUUAAAACAUCAGUCUGGAGGUUCACCAUUUGUUGGAUUUACUGCCAGGGAUGCUUAUAACACAAUGUUGUUAGAUUCGGCGAAGCAUUUAGAUGGGAUUGACUCUAACACUUUGAUUGAGAUUUUUCAGAAGAGACAAUUGAAUGAGUCUGGUUUCUUUUUUGAUUUCGAAGUUGAUGAUGAUGCUAGGUUGUGUAGUUUUUUUUGGAGGGAUGUGGAAAUGAAGUCGGAUUAUUUGUUGUUUGGUGAUUUGGUGGUACAUGAUACAACAUACCGUACCAAUAGGUAUGAUAUGAUUUGUGGUCCAUUUGUAGGUAUGAACCACCAUUGUAUGAAUGUGAUGUUUGGUUGUGGCUUUUUAUUGAAUGAGAGGACAGAAUCUUUUGUUUGGCUGUUCAAAACGUUUUUACAGUCAAUGGAUGGUAGGCAACCACAAACAAUAAUGACUGAUCAGUGUUCUUCCAUGGCUGCUGCAAUUAUGCAAGUAUUUCCAAAUUCAAAACAUAGGCUAUGUAUUUGGCACAUUGGGGAGAAUUCAAAGAAGCACAUCAAAGGAUUGAGAAUGCAAAAGGGUUUCAUAGAGUUAUUUAAUUUUCUGUUAAAGUAUAGUGAUACAGAAGCUGAAUUUGAAUUUUACUGGAACAGGAUGGUGACUGCCUAUAAUAUUCAUAAGAAUGUUUGGUUAGAUAGAUUAUAUAAUAUUAGGGAGAAGUGGUGUCCUGCUUUUAGCAAACAGUAUUUCUCUGGUGGUAUUUUAUCCUCGCAAAGGAGUGAGUCUACUAAUCAUUCAAUUUCUAGAAGACUUUCAAAAACAACUGGAUUGUGUGAUUUUUAUAAUUCAUUUGUUAGUAUGAUUUCUGAGUGGAGGAGCAAGGAGAGUGGUGAAGAUGUUCGUUGUUCUCAAGGUUUGCCAUCAAUGGCUAUGAAUUACGUGAAGUUAGUUUCACAUGCUAAAGAAGUUUACACUAUUGAGAUAUACUUUUUAUUUGAGGAACAGUUCUUGAAAGGUUCUUCAUGCCAUCAAGAUUUGGUGGGGGUCAGUGGUGAGGUAAUGAAAUAUCAUGUUUGGCGUCCUGAUGUUGAUUUGAUUCGUCAUGAGGUUUGUUUUAGUGUUAAGGACUUGGAUAUAUCAUGUAGUUGCAGGUUGUUUUCAGAGAUGGGUAUUUUGUGCUCUCAUUCUCUUCGCAUUUUAAAUAUUCACUGUGUUGCAAAAAUCCCUGAUAAGUAUAUUCUUAAAAGAUGGACUAAAAGGGUUGUUGAAGACAGGACAGUAGAGAAUGUUUGUGGUGUUGCUUCAGGUGGUUGGGUUAUACAAAUUGGUAGAAAGUUUCAGCGGUUGGUUUUAUCUAGUCAAGACAAUUCUAAAGCUCGGGAAGCAUGUGAAGAUGCCUUUCAAAAUGCCAAGAUGAAGAUUGAAGCUGAAAUUGGUCCUAUUUUCUUUGAAGAUGGUGAACAAACCACAGAUGGUGUUAUACAAAAUCCAUCACGUAGUAGGCCAAAAGGUGAACGCAACAAACGGUUGAUUAGCACAAUAGAAAAGAAGUAUAAAUAUGCAAGAGGACUAAAGAAUUAUUCAAAGUAUGUCGAGUUGAAUACAAAGGCGGUUGUGCAAUCAUCUGUGCGAGAGUCUGUUUCUAGUAUGGUGGGCAGUGGAUAUUUGGUCCAUCCGUCUGGUGGUAGUAGCUCAAAGUUAGUUCACUUUAAUCCAAAUGAAAGUACUUAA